UCUGGCGCUCCGGUUUCCUGGCGGAGAAGAUGGCGGCUCCUGGACCGGGGGAGUAUUUCAGUGUCGGGAGCCAUGUCUCUUGCCUCACCUGCUUGGGGCAGCAAUUGCAGGGAGAGGUCGUUGCCUUUGACUAUCAGUCCAAGAUGUUGACUUUGAAAUGCGCCCCCUCCAGUGGAAAGGCAAACGUCAGCGACGUGGUUCUGAUUAACCUAGCCUACGUGUCUGAGGUGGACAUCAUUAAUGACCGCACUGAAACUCCUCCUCCACUAGCAUCUCUGAAUGUCAGCAAGCUUGCCAACAGAGCACGGUCGGAAAAGGAAGACAAGUUAUCCCAAGCAUAUGCAAUUAGUGCUGGAGUCUCUGUGGAGGGCCAACAGCUAUUCCAGACUAUACAUAAAACCAUCAAAGACUGCAAAUGGCAGGAGAAGAACAUCAUGGUGAUGGAUGACGUGGUCAUCGCCCCACCUUACCAGGUGGAGAACUGCAAAGGCAAAGAGGGUAGCGCUUUAAGUCACGUACGCAAAAUAGUGGAGAAACAUUUUAGAGACGUGGAGAGCCAGAAGUCGGUUCAGCGGCCACAAACACAGAAAGACUCCACUUUAUCAUCUUGAGCCGGAGGUUCAGUCCAGAUAGGGGGGUGUGGGAAGGUGACAACGGAAAAGGCAGUUUUGGUUUGUUCUUUUCUCUUCCCCCUCCCUUCAACAUCAGACCAAGGCCAGCGUUCCCCUGCCCCCCCCCCCUCCCCCCUCCCCCCACCUCCAUCAGAGGUGUCCAACAUUUUGAACAGGACAAAAGGGGGUCCCAACCGAGAUGGAAAUAUCCAGCUCAUUUUUAAAGAUAAUC